AUGUCAUUUUUUGGAUUUGAUCCAACAGGUCCACCUAAUUCACGUGGUAAAAAUGGUGGUGAAGACAAUGAAGUUUAUGAUUUUGAAAAUACUUAUGAUGGGUUGGGGGAAAUAGAAGAAGAUGAUGCAUUUAAUGAUGAAACUUUUAAUACAAAUGUUAAUGAGAUUAAAAAGGAUUAUGAUUUUGGUCAAGGUUCAAAUACUAAACAACAAUAUCAACAAGCUUCAAUUCCAGCUCCAACUUCAAUAAGUUAUGCUCAAGCAGCUGUUUCAGGUCCAGUUAAUGAUGAUGAAUUUAUGCAAGAUUUAUGGGGUUCCUCAAAUACUCCAAGUCUUCAACAAGAAGAUAGUAAACAAGAAAGAAAAAUAUUAUCAUUAGAAGAAAUUGAAGCUCAAUUAACUGCAAUUGACCAAGGUCAACAACAACAACAACAAUUUCCACCUCAACUUUAUGGUAUUCCAGGAAUGAUCCCACCUCCACCUCAAUUUGGUGGUUAUAUGAUGCCAGGAUUUAUGCCACCUCAAUAUGGAUUCCCAGCUGGAAUGAUACCUCAACAAAUUCCAAUUCAACAACAACAACAACAAAAUAAUCAACCACCUCAACAAGAGCAACCUUUACCUCAAGAACAAGUUCAACCACAACCUGAAAUUAAACAAGAGGCUGAAGAAUCAGUUUUAGUUGAGGUCAAUCCAGCAUCAAUUGUGAGUCCGAAACAAACUGCUCCAAAACCAGUUACUCAUAAAGUUGAUUUAUCAAAUUUCCCAGUUUUAGGUUCUAAAGAAGCAGUUCAACAACAACAAUUACAUCAACAUCAGUUACAAUUACAAGCUCAAUUAAAUGAACAACAACAACAACAACAACAACAACAACAUAGUCAUCACCACCAUCAUCAUCGUCAACCACUGGUUGAAUUAACACCUGAGCAACAAGAAAAAGCUGCUAGAAGACAAGAAAAAGUUUCAAGAAUUAUGAAAUAUUCAGGUAUUAUGAAUCCAAAAGAUAAAGAUUUUGUUACAAGAUUUCAAUUAUCACAAAUUGUUACUGAUGAUCCAUAUAAUGAAGAUUUUUAUGCUCAAGUUUUUAAAGUUAUUCAUCCAAAAGUUAAUGGGGUACCACCUUCAUCAAAUCAAAGUGGUAGUGUUGCAUCUGGAGGAGAAUCACAACAAAAUAAUUCAAUUGCUCAAGCUUAUUUAGAUCAUAGUGGUCAUAGAUUAGGUGGUAGAUAUAAAAGAGCAGAUGUUGCUUUACAAAGAAUGCAACAACAAGUUCAAAAAGCAGUUACAGUUGCAAAAGAAAGACCAAAAUUAACACAAUUUGCAAAAGAAGGAGCAUUGGGUAAAAUUAGUUUUAGUAGUGGUAAAAAACCAAGACAACAAUUGGAAAUUAUUAGCAAAGCAGCUGAAAGACAAAAAGAACAAAAUGAAACUAAGAAAAAAGAAGGUACUAAACGUUAUAGUAAAAAAGAUAUCUUAAGUAUAUUGGAAAAUAUUAUAUCUGAAUUGAUGAAUGUUGAAAGUGAAUCAAGAACUUCAACUGAAGUUGAUACUACUAAAUUAUGGGAAUCAUUAAAAGUUUUAAAACAACCUUCAAGUUCAGGUGAUGAAGAAAGUGAAGUUAAUCCUUUUAUUCAAUGUUUAAAUUAUAAUAAAAUGUUGAAAAUAUUAUCAAGAUUAUUUAAAUUUUUAACCAGAGAACAAAUUUUAACAAUUACAACAUUAAUAAUGUCAAAUUUGGAAAACUUAUCAGUUAUUAAAUACGGUUCUUAUACUACUUAUUCAGAUAAUAAAAUUCCAGAAAAGAUUAAUAAAUUAGUUGAAGCAUAUUCAUUAACUUUUACUAAAAUUUUAAUGAAUUCAGUUUUAGAUUUUAAAUUUAAUGAAAUACUGGGAUUAUUAUAUAUUUUAAAUGGACAUAAUAAUAGUGCUUUUAUUUCAACUACAAAAAUUGGUUUAUCAAUUUUAACUACAUUAUUAUCAAGAGCUGAAUUGAUCAUUGGUGAAGGACAAAUAUCAGCUACUGAUUUAUCUGAAUGGUCAUCAUGUUAUGAUGAAUUAUUUACAUCAUUAGAAUCAAGAAUUGCUGCUAUUUUCCCACCAAAUUUUGAUAAAAUUGAUGAUGGAUCCUCAAAAGAAAAUUAUAUUUGGCAAUUUUUAGCUACUUUAUCAUUAGGUGGUAAAUUAAGUCAUCAAAGAAUUAUAGUUGAUGAAGUUCGUGAUGAAAUUUUUUCAGUUAUGAAUAGAGUUAAAUCAAUUGAUAAUUCCGAUUUACAAAAUUUAUACAAGAAACAAAAUUUAUUAAAUAAUUUAAAUAUGUAUUUAGUUGUUAUGGGAUUAGUUGCAGAUGAAAAUGAAAUUAAAGAAUUGCAACAAUGA